GCGCGGAGUCGAGCGGAGCGGAGCGCGGAGCCUCGGAGCCAGCGCGUCCCGCCGGCAGCGCCACCCGCACAGACAGCUGCUCCACCCCAUGUGAAAGCCAGAAAAUAACAUGAAGAUUCUGCAGGGCAAGAUGCGGUACUGGCUGAUCCCGGCUUUUCUGGCAGUGGUUUAUUUCUGCACCAUCGUCCAGGGUCAAGUGUCCCCCCCCACGAGGCUCAGAUACAACGUGCUGUCUCAGGACAGCAUUCAGAUCUCAUGGAAAGCUCCCAGGGGGAAGUUUGGUGGCUACAAACUUCUCGUGACUCCAGCUUCAGGAGGAAAAACCAAUCAACUGAAUCUGCAAAGCACUGCAACGAAAGCCAUUAUUCAAGGUCUUAUGCCGGAGCAGAACUACACGGUUCAAAUUAUUGCCUACCACAAGGACAAGGAGAGCAAGCCGGCGCAGGGCCAGUUCCGAAUUAAAGAUUUAGAAAAAAAGAAGGAUCCAACGAAGCCCAGAGGCAAGGUCGUGGACAAAGGAAACGGGAGUAGACCGGCUUCCCCAGAAGAGGCCAAGUUCGUCUGCCAGACGCCCGCGAUCGCCGACAUCGUCAUCCUGGUGGACGGGUCCUGGAGCAUCGGGCGCUUUAACUUCCGGCUGGUGCGGCUCUUCCUGGAGAACCUGGUCACGGCCUUCAACGUGGGCUCUGGGGACACGCGAGUCGGUCUUGCCCAGUACAGUGGUGACCCCAGGAUAGAGUGGCACCUGAAUGCCUUCAGCACAAAAGAUGAAGUCAUUGAAGCCGUGCGAAAUCUUCCCUACAAAGGAGGAAACACGCUGACCGGUCUUGCUCUGAACUACAUAUUUGAAAAUAGCUUUAAGCCCGAAGCAGGAUCAAGGACUGGAGUCGCCAAAAUUGGUAUUUUGAUCACGGACGGGAAGUCUCAGGAUGACAUUGUCCCGCCGUCCAGGAGGCUGCGUGAAUCUGGAGUGGAGCUCUUCGCCAUAGGUGUGAAGAACGCGGACCUGAGUGAGCUGCAGGAGAUCGCCUCGGAGCCCGACAGCAGCCACGUGUACAACGUGGCCGAGUUCGACCUGAUGCACACGGUGGUGGAUAGCCUGACAAGGACGGUGUGCUCCGGCGUGGAGGAGCAGGACAGGGAGAUCAGAGCCUCAGCCCUUACCACCACCGGGCCACCGACAGAGCUGAUUACAUCGGCAGUCACUGCCAGGAGCUUCAUGGUGAACUGGACUCACGCCCCAGGCAACGUGCAGAAAUACAGGGUCGUGUAUUACCCUACCAGAGGUGGAAAACCGGAAGAGGUGGUGGUGGACAGAAGUGUGACUUCUCUCGUGCUGAAAAACUUAAUGUCUUUAACUGAGUACCAGGUAGCCGUCUUUGCGGUCUAUGCUCACACUGCCAGCGAAGGCCUGCGGGGAACAGAAACUACACUUGCUCUGCCCAUGGCUUCCGACCUGGAACUGUACGAUGUGACCGAGAGCAGCCUGCGUGUCAAGUGGGACCCGGUGCCAGGGGCCACGGGGUACCUGGUCCUCUAUGCACCUCUCACAGAGGCGCUGGCUGGGGAUGAGAAGGAGAUGAAGAUCGGAGAAACCCACACAGACAUCGAGCUGACCGGGCUGGUCCCCAACACGGAAUACACGGUCACGGUGUACGCGAUGUUUGGGGAAGAGGCCAGCGAUCCUGUUACGGGACAGGAAACGACAUUACCUUUAACUCCACCGACAAACCUGAGAAUCUCCAAUAUCGGCUCCAACAGUGCUCGGUUAUCCUGGGACCCAACCUCCAGAAAGAUCAGUGGUUACCGAAUUGUCUAUACCAGCGCAGAUGGGACUGAAAUCAAUGAGGUUGAGGUCGACCCCAUCACCACGUUCCCUCUGAAAGGCCUGACCCCGCUCACUGAGUACUCCGUUGCUGUUUUCUCCAUCUAUGAGGAAGGGCAGUCUUUGCCUCUGGUUGGAACUUUCACCACAGAGGAAAUCCCAGCCCAGCAGUACUUGGAAAUUGACGAGGUGAAGACAGACGGCUUCCGAGUGACCUGGCACCCGCUCUCGGCCGAGGAGGGGCAGCACAAGCUGAUGUGGAUUCCCGUCUAUGGUGGGAAGACCGAAGAGGUGGUGCUACAAGAAGAGCAGGACUCCUACGUCAUCGAAGGCCUGGAUCCCGGCACUGAGUAUGAAGUUUCGCUCCUGGCUGUGCUCGAUGACGGCAGUGAGAGUGAGGUGGUGACCGCCGUGGGGACCACGCUUGACAGUUUUUGGACAGAACCAGCCACAACCAUAGCACCAACCAGUCCAGUAACAACAGUUUUCCCGACAGGAAUCAGAAACUUGGUUGUAGACGAGGAAACGCCCUCCAGCCUGCGGGUGUCGUGGGACAUUUCCGACAGCAAUGUGGAGCAGUUUAGGGUGACCUACCUGACAGCUCCAGGGGACCCCGCGGAGGAAGUGGUAGGAACGGUCAUGGUCCCUGGGAGCCAGAACAGCAUUGUUCUGAAGCCCCUUCUCGCAGCUACAGAAUACAAAGUCACCGUGACGCCCAUCUACUCGGAUGGAGAAGGUGUCAGCGUCUCCGCCCCUGGAAGAACCUCACCAUCCUCGGCGCCCCAAAAUUUAAGGGUCUCGGAAGAAUGGUAUAACCGGCUUCGCAUCUCCUGGGAUCCCCCACCUGGGCCUGUAAAGGGCUACAGGAUUGUCUACAAGCCUGUCAGCGUUCCAGGGCCAACCCUGGAGACGUUUGUGGGUGCUGACAUCAACACCAUUCUCAUCACGAACCUCCUCAGCGGGAUGGACUACAGCGUGAAGAUCUUCGCCUCCCAGGCUGCAGGCUUCAGCGACUCCCUAACGGGCAUGGUGAAAACACUGUUCUUGGGUGUGACCAAUCUCCAAGCGCAUCAGGUUGAAAUGACCAGCUUGUGUGCUCGGUGGCAGGUGCAUCGCCAUGCCACAGCCUACAGGAUCGUUGUGGAAUCUGUCCAGGAUACACAAAAGCAAGAAUCUACUGUGGGAGGAGGGACAAACAGACACUGCUUCUACGGACUUCAGCCAGACUCCGAGUAUAAAAUCAGCGUCUACACCAAGCUCCAGGAGCUGGAGGGACCGAGUGUGAGCAUAACGGAGAGAACACGGUCCCGUCCUACCCAGCCACCAACUUUCCCUCCAACCAUUCCACCGGCCAAAGAAGUGUGUAAAGCUGCCAAGGCAGACCUGGUGUUCAUGGUGGACGGGUCUUGGAGCAUAGGAGACGACAACUUCAACAAGGUCAUCAACUUCCUAUACAGCACGGUUGGCGCCCUGGACAGGAUUGGCGCAGAUGGAACUCAAGUGGCCAUGGUUCAGUUUACUGACGACCCCAGGACAGAAUUCAAACUAGAUGCUUACAAAACCAAGGAGACUCUUCUGGACGCCAUUAAACGCAUUUCGUACAAAGGGGGAAAUACAAAAACAGGCAAAGCAAUGACACACGUCCGAGACACCCUGUUCGCGGCAGAGGCGGGGACGAGAAGGGGCGUCCCAAAGGUCAUUGUGGUGAUAACGGACGGGAGGUCGCAGGAUGAAGUGAGCAGAAUCUGCAGGGAGAUGCAGGCGGACGGCUACAACAUUUUUGCCGUGGGCGUGGCUGACGCAGAUUACUCCGAGUUGCUCAGCAUUGGCAGCAAGCCCAGUGCCCGCCAUGUUUUCUUUGUGGAUGACUUUGAUGCCUUUAAGAAAAUUGAAGAUGAAUUAAUCACUUUUGUCUGUGAAGCUGCGUCAGCAACCUGUCCAAUGGUGCACAAGGAUGGCAUUGAUAUUGCAGGAUUUAAGAUGAUGGAAAUGUUUGGUUUGGUUGAAAAGGAUUUUUCAUCAGUGGAAGGGGUUUCUAUGGAGCCUGGUACCUUCAACGUGUAUCCAUGUUACCAACUGCACAAAGAUGCCCUGGUCUCCCAGCCAACCAAGUAUUUGCAUCCGGAAGGAUUGCCUUCUGACUACACAAUCACUUUCCUUUUCCGGAUCCUUCCUGACACGCCACAGGAACACUUUGCUCUUUGGGAAAUUUUAAAUAAAAAUUCUGACCCGUUGGUCGGGAUCAUUUUAGAUAAUGGUGGGAAAACUCUAACUUAUUUCAACUACGACCAUGCUGGGGAUUUUCAAACUGUCACUUUUGAAGGCCCCGAAAUUAGGAAGAUUUUCUACGGGAGCUUUCACAAGCUACAUGUGGUCGUCAGCAAGACUUUGGUCCAAGUGGUUGUUGACUGCAAGCAAGUGGGCGAGAAGGCAAUAAAUGUAUCGGCUAACGUCACGUCAGACGGAGUAGAAGUCCUAGGGAGAAUGGUUAGGUCGAAGGAACCAAAUGGAAAUUCUGCACCAUUCCAGUUACAGAUGUUUGACAUCCUCUGCUCUACAUCGUGGGCCAGCAGAGACCAGUGCUGCGAGCUUCCAGGCCUGAGGGAUGACCAGGCCUGCCCCGAACUCCCCCAUUCUUGCGCCUGUUCUCAAACCAACGAAGUGGCCCUGGGUCCGGCUGGCCCACCGGGUGGUCCAGGACUUCGUGGACCGAAGGGCCAGCAAGGUGAACAGGGUCCAAAGGGACCAGAGGGUCCUCGGGGGGAAUCAGGCCCUGCAGGACCUCAGGGACCCCCAGGACCUCAAGGACCAAGUGGUAUGUCCAUUCAAGGAAUGCCGGGAAUGCCGGGAGAGAAGGGAGAGAAAGGAGACACUGGCUUUCCUGGGCCACAGGGUGUCCCAGGAGGUGUGGGCUCGCCAGGACGUGAUGGUUCACCCGGCCAAAGGGGUUUUCCUGGAAAAGAUGGUUCCUCCGGCCCCCCAGGACCCCCAGGGCCAAUUGGCAUUCCUGGAGCACCCGGAGUCCCCGGGAUCACAGGCAGCGUGGGACCACAAGGCGCCCUGGGGCCACCUGGUGUCCCUGGAGCAAAGGGAGAGCGAGGCGAACGAGGUGACCUGCAGUCUCAAGCCAUGGUGAGGGCAGUGGCGCGGCAAGUGUGUGAGCAGCUCAUCCAAAGUCACAUGGCCAGGUACACAGCCAUCCUCAACCAGAUCCCCAGCCACUCCUCAUCCACCCGGACCAUCCAGGGGCCCCCUGGGGAGCCCGGGAGGCCCGGCUCACCCGGAACCCCUGGCGAACAAGGACCCCCUGGUGCCCCUGGCUUCCCUGGAAACACAGGCUUGCCGGGCACCCCAGGAGAUCGAGGUCUAACUGGUCUCAAGGGAGAGAAAGGAAAUCCAGGUGUUGGAACUCAAGGUCCAAGAGGCCCCCCUGGACCAGCAGGGCCUUCAGGGGAGAGUCGGCCUGGCAGCCCAGGGCCCCCCGGCUCUCCUGGACCAAGGGGUCCUCCAGGUCACCUGGGGGUACCAGGGCCACAAGGACCUACUGGCCAGCCUGGCUAUUGCGACCCGUCAUCAUGUUCUGCCUAUGGCGUGGGAGAUCUGAUCCCUUACAACGAUUACCAGCACUGACGUGGAUGUCCUCCACUCUGGACACCUCGGCAUGGGCAUUUGGCUAUGGAUACAGAACUGUCCUGUUGACCGCCACGACUAAGCCCCUGCCCCUAACAGCAGGCACUCCUCUUUCCUGCCUCAACUGCUUCCCUGCUUUCCACUUCAGAUCUUUUGCCCUUCCUGCUCCAGAUGUGCUAGAGUGAUGACACUGGGACACAACCAAAUCGUGCAGUCAAUGACAAUAUGAGCGACUGCACCGGAUCAGCCUGGAUGGAGGUGUACAGUUGUACACUGACAGUUUAUCCCCAGCCCCCUGUGUGAGGGGUCUGUAAUCAGCUGCACGAUGCUCUCUCCUCCAUCCUGUCCCCACGCAGGCACAUGAGUCUUUCUCUGCCUGGUCCCUCUACUGUCCUUUCCUCACCUGGCCUUUUCCCCUAUUGUCUCCCAAGGAUGGACUUCUAACAUGAGAUUGAUUUUUAAAUUUUAUUUUUCUUUUUGUAAUUCUUCUGCAUUUUCAGGGUUUCUUUUGUAAAUAAAACACACACUAUUUAAGCCCUUGGCUGUGAUUCUAGUUUUCUAGCCAUUUCUCUAACAGUUGUCCUUUCUUCCUUUUGCUAACCCUGAGACCCGGGAAAGGGGGCAGUGGCCCGGGUGUGGUGGGUCAGGCAGCUGCUGCUUUCUGUGCAUGCAGGAUAUCUCUGUAGCUGAUGACCAAAGCUGUGUCUCUGAGGACCCACUGAGGGGAGGAUAUCAAUUCGUGGUCUCUGGGUUCUAUCAAGUCCCCACCCCACUUUUCCUCUUUAGCCCCCCAUCCAGAUCAACCUGAAUUCACCCCUGUCCAAGAUGAGCAGGAAGCCUUGGAACUGUGGGGCUCUGGGAUCUGACAGCCUCCGAGGACAUUGGAAGACCAACGGCAAGACCUCUUAAAGAACUUUACCCAAGAAAAUGUUGUCACGGGGUUUGUAUGCUGGGGAACUCGUGUCUGCAGCCUAAAUCUCCUCCUUGGAUAGUAUUACUACUACUGUGAUUAUUAACAAAAGUCAUAUUUUUAAAAAUCCCUUUAAUCUAUGACACCAUAGAAAUGAUUUCCAUUUGCUGUUUUCUUCAGAGAAGAGUGCCCAAACAAUAAUUGGAAAAAUAAAUUAAACCCUGGAAUCUUGUGUAGCAGAUGAUCUCAAGUUCUAAAAUGAACAAGAUAGGUAUGGCAAUGUUGGAGGGAAAUGGGCCCCACCAGAAAAAGAAUGAGUCAAAGAGAAUCACAGAUUAUACCACCAAUCCAACCCUAUGGGAAUGAUUUUGCUGAUAAGAAAAAGGAUUCAAUAUCAGUGACACUACCUCUUGCAUAAUUGAUCUGUCCAACUCUGAGAUCAUGUAGUGGCUGGUUUCACGGGUAUCCAAAAAUAAGCUCUAGUGUGUAAUUUUUCUGGAUUUCAUAAUUUAAAGAGUGGACCUAGCUUCUCAGUGGUUUUUGACUCAUGUGAAGUAACGACUUUCCACCAGCUCUGAUUUGUCAGGUAGUAUGUCCCAGGGCUUGCCUCUCCUUGUCUGCAGGGAUUACUUAGUACAUGCAGAAAAGUUUUUGAGAACAUGUUUCUAUUUUCUUUUGUAAGCAAAUAAAAAUUUAAAACAAAG